GGCAGGUCAUUGGAUCACAGUCCCACACUGCCAAAGACUGGACGGGAAGAGACCGAGACCGGGACCAGCACUGCGGGGAGGGAUACACACAUACACACACACACUCUCACACUCACACUCACACUCACACACAUCCAUUCACUCACUACUGUGGCAGGAUAACACUCAACGGUUGCGGAACUGGAGACUUUCUCCCCAAGAAGGAGGAGGUUGUCCACCACGGCAGCAUCCAGAAGCUGGCCUCGGCGGCGGAGAAUGAGGCCCUCAGCCAGCAGCUCCACAGCAGCAGCGCAGAAGACAGCGACCCCUCGGACCCCUGGUCCCCACGCACACUCCCCAGACGCUACACCGUAGGGGGACCCCGCACCCUCGGGGACGUGCUCAUGAGCAUGCAGCCGCACAACAUGGACCGCAAGCGAGAGGCUUUCCUGGAGCACCUGAAGCUCAAGUACCCGCACCACGCCGCCACCAUCAUGGGCCACCAGGAGAGGCUCCGCGACCAGAUCAGGCUCCCGACGCAUAGCCCGAGCCCCCAGCCCGGUGUAGGGGACCAGGGGGAGCCUUUGUCUGUGGCCUCUCUGGAGUCGCUGGAGGCCAUGUCAGAAGGAGAUCCCCCCAGCGCCUUCACUCGAGGCACCCGCUCCAGAGCCAGCCUCCCGGUGGUGCGGUCAGCCAACCAAACCAAGGACAGAUCACUGGGUGUCCUGUACCUGCAGUAUGGGGACGAGACAAAGCAGAUCCGGAUGCCAAACGAGAUCACGGGGGGCGACACCAUCCGUGCCCUGUUUGUCAGUGCCUUCCCCCAGCAGCUCACCAUGAAGAUGCUGGAGUCGCCCAGCGUGGCCGUCUACAUGAAGGACGACAUGAGGAACGUGUACUACGAGCUCACGGACGUCAGGAACAUCACACCCCACUCCUGUCUGAAGGUCUACCACAAAGACCCCGCUCAGGCCUUCAGUCACAACUCAAAGCCCAACAAUGGAGAUGUGAGGCUCCACAGGGAGAAGAUGUACAGUGGCAGAGAUGGGCAGCACACGCUGCGCCAGGCGCCCGGCAGCCCCAUCAGCAACCUGCACGCGCUGCAAGGCUCCAUGUCCCCUCCCACCGCCCGCUCCAUGCCCUCCUCCCCCUCCCGCAUCCCCUACGGCCCCCGCGCCACCGCCACCGCCGGGCCCCUGGCCGGCAGUGCCACCCUCCCCAGGGACCGGCUCUCCAGCGUGCCGCAGCCCACCAGCCGCUCCGUCACCCCCUGCCCCAGCGCCAUCCUGGAGCGCCGCGACGUGAAGCCCGACGAGGACCUGGGCAGCGGCAGCAAAGUGGUGGCUCUGUACGACCCGUACGGGGUGCCUGAGGGGCGACUGAGCGUGUCGUCGUCGCAGGGUCCUCACGGCCCUGGGGAUGUUGUGGACGGGGCAGCUCCGCCACCACAGCAGCAGCAGCAGCAGCCACCGCCGCCGAGUCAGCACUCCCUCUACAGGCAGAAAUCCCGCAAGUAUGCGGAGAACCCCAUGGCCACGCUGGGGGGGGGCAAGGCCCAGCCGCCGUCUCCGCACCGGGUCAACGAGGUCAGGAUGAUUGACAUGCCGCCGCCGGGCGUGCCGCCGAUGGAGCGCGGCUCACCCGUGCGCCGAUCCUUCCGGAAGGAGAGCAACGGGGGCAUGGAGGUGGUGGCCAGCGUGCACGGCAGCAUGGUGUCCCCCGUGUUCGUGGACCUGCCCCCGGGGCACGGUGGCGGCCGGCCGUUCCAAGGCGUCCCCGGCGUCGUCCCGCCGGGUGACCACCACACCAGCAGUGAGCGAAUGAAGGCGAUGGAGCAGCAAAUAGCCAGUUUGACUGGGCUUGUCCAACAUGCACUUUUAAAGGGGCCAAAUACUAGUGCAACCAAAGACGCUACCAGUGACAAACCUGUGAGGACAGCAUCUCCAGCUAGCAGUGUUAAUAGUGGCGGGGUGUCUCCGGCUCCCGUGCCUAAGAACCGCGUCGUGACGGCGCAGCCGGACUCUAUGGCCGUGGUUCUCCACUCGUCGUCCAAAGACACGGAGAUGCAGUCCAUGCUCAGCACCUUCAGGAGGAACGUGUCAGACCUCCGCCUGCAGCUCCACCAGCUCAAGCAGAUGCAGCUCCAGAGCCAGGACUCCAUGAAGGUGAUGAUGCGGCGGGCCGAGCAGGAGAUCACGGGCCGCUUCACCACCAUGGUCAGGCAGCUGGAGGACCCGGUGCAGAGGCAGAGGUCCCAGGUGGACCAGGAGAGGCACACUUAUCUGGCCAUGGAGGAGAACGUUCUCUCGCAGCUCGGGGACUUGGAGAAGUAUGUGGAGAAGCUGAAGAGAAACUCCACCUCUGGCUCGACCCGGCCAAUCACGCUGAAGGAUGUCGAGGAGGGUGCCGUCAACCUGAGGAAAGUGGGAGAGGCCUUGGCUGGACUCAAAGGCGAGUUCCCGGCUCUGCAGACCAAGAUGCGUUCGGUGCUGCGGGUGGAGGUGGAGGCGGUGCGCUUCCUGAAAGAGGAGCCGCACAAGAUGGACAGCAUGCUGAAGAGAGUCAAGGCCCUCACAGAGACGCUCAGCUGCCUGAGGAGGUAUGCCACAGAGGGUGUUCUCCCCUCCCCUGAGCCCCUCAGAGCACUGACGUCCGAGGGCCCACCACCACCGGUGGCUGACGGCUCCGACUCCUCCGGCUCCUCCCGAAGUUCGCCCACUCCGCAACCGCGCUCCCCGGCCGGGGCCAUCCGCUCCGAGCUCACGCCCUCCUCGCCCGUGGUCGUGCACCGCGUGCGCAGCUCGCCGGUUGCCAUCCCCGUGUGCCAGCACUCCGCCGGCCUCACCCAUCACGCCAGCCCGCCGCUCACCCCGACGCACGCCAGGGACACGCCCACCGUGGCCAAGGUCAGCCCGCGCAGCCGCGAGAACAGCCCCGCGCUGCAGAAGAGGAAGGGGAGUCUCCCCAAGGCUGCUGCCGCGACCACCACGGCGGCUCCGGCAGCAGUGGCGGAGGACGCACCUCCGGGCACCACUCCGAGUCCUGGUCCAGGAAGUGCACCCAGUAGCUGUGGCUCAGCCGCAUCACCAGCACCAGCACCUGUAAGUGUGGAGGAUGGCCCCAGUGCUGCCGGGAGCAGCAGGGCCAGUCCAAGACACAGAGGCCCUGGUCAAGAGGAGGAGGAGGAGGCGAAGGAGGAAGGAGAGGAGCAGACGCGGGGGGCAGGACAGGAAGUGGAAGAGGAGGGGGCGCGAGGCAGCUCUGCCCAGCCCGAUGGGGCAGACAUGGAGAGGCUGCUCCAGCAGACCCAGGCCAGUCUCAUGCAGGCCAUACCCAGCCUGGAGGUACCGGGCCCAGGCACUGCGCCAGCCGAGCUGCCCCCUGAGCCACCAGCGGUGGAGCAGGAGCAGGAGCAGGAGCAGGCCACCUUACCUCCUGCGGCCCCGGCUCCUGACGUGCCGCCAAAACCUGUUGCUGAAAAGCCCGCCGCGGCGUCCGGCUCUGCAGCAGAGCGGCCGCCGCCACAGAAGCCCCACAUGGAGAAGCCCCACCGGCCCAGUGUGGACAGAGCAAAGGCCGGCUCGGCAGAGAAGGCCAGCAAGUCCCCUCCCCCGCCCCCGCCCCGCAGGUUCUACCCCAGCGGAUCGGGACUCACCACCGGGAGGUCGGGAGAGGUCAUCUACACCUCCCACAACAGGAAGGACUCCACCUCCAACCAGGAGGACGAGGAGGAAGCCCCCCAGCCCAAAGCGCUGAAGGUGCCCCCGGAGGUCAAGCCGAAGCCCCAGAGCCCUCCCCCGACUGCGGUCACCGCUCCUCCCCUGGCCGCGGCGACCGCGACCGCCCCUCCGCUGGCGGCUGCUCCGGCAGCUCCAGUGGCUGUGGCCGAGCGCGAGGAUGAGGACGAGGGAGAUAAGAUCAUGGCGGAGCUGCAGGUGUUUGAGAGGUGCACCGUUAAAGAAUUAGAGGCCAGGUGUUUUGUUGACCUCUCUCGUGUUGAGCCAGAGCUGGCGGAGCCAGUGUUGCCUCCAGCCCCCUGCACCCCCCGAGACACCAAGCAGACCCCGGUUCACCAGGGUGAAGAGACUAACCAGCGAAAAGAACCAGGGAAAGAAUCCACUCCACAAGGAUCCAGGGUCAUAUAUUACGUCACUGGACAGAUUUCCAAUGAGCGCCCUGCGGCCGACACUGCACAGCCAAAGGAGGGCAGGGAGCGCGUCCUCUCCCCAACCAAGGUGGCACAUGCGAAUGCUUUUGACAUUUCCCAGAAGCCAAAGUUGUUAACAUCCGAUGAAUUCCCCACAGUUUCCCCCGAGGCAGCAGGCCAGAACAACAGGGCCCAGCCAUCUGCGCUAGCCAAUGAUGCAGCUGGGUCAAAGGCACCGAGUCCUGAAGCAGCAAAGAUCCCCAGUCCUUCAGAAGAGCCUAUCCUGUCACGAGUAGCUGCCCAGGACAGCCGUGCCCCUCCUUCUGAAGAGGGGGUCAUUGUCGAGAGGCCAGUGAACGGGAUUCCAAAUGCAUACUUCACCUCGUCAUCGAAUGAGGAGGAGAGUGUGGCCAGUGACGAGGUGGUGAUGAGGUCCAGUAGGGGCAGGGCGAGGUACACGGAGGAGGCCAGUUUGAGCCCCGACCUCAUGGAGGAGGAAGGGCCCCCACCUCCCUCCACGGACAGCAUCGCCUUCAUGAUCACGCAGACCAAAGUGCAGGCACUGUCCACGGGAGAGUACAGGGAGCUGGUGAGCACCAAGGGAGGCGAGGUGCAGACGGUGAAAGUGGGCACGGACCAGACGCUGUGCACACCCGAGGAGUGCGGCUACAACCGCAAGCCGGUCAUCAUCAUCUUCGACGAGCCCAUGGAGAUCCGGCAGGCGUACAAGCGGCUGUCCACCAUCUUCGAGGGCGAGGAGGAGCUGGAACGGAUGCUCUCGGAGGACAGGAUUGAGGAGGAGACAGAGGACGAUGAGGAUGAGGUGGAGGGCAGAGCGGGCAAACAGGACAAGUCAAAUGAGGUCGCUGUGGGUGAAAAGGCUGUAGGCGUUAACCGAGCCAACAGAUCCUUGGCCAGUCCAAAAAGCCACAGGCCUCUUAGUAAGGUCAGUAAACCUCUGAGCCCGCUCGAGCCCUUGUCACCGGACCUGGACAAUGGCUCCAAAACUGAGGUGAAUGCCAAUGACCCAAAGCAAGACGCUAAGAAGAAGUUUAAGUUCAAAUUCCCCAAGAAACAACUGGCAGCGAUAGGGCAGGCCCUCCGCACGGGGACCAAGACGGGCAAGAAGACCCUGCAGGUGGUGGUCUACGAGGACGAAGAGGAGUCAGACGGCCCGCUGAAGGAGACCAAGAGGUUUGAGAUCCAAGGAAAAACCAAGUCCAGCCAGACAUCUUCCAUACCCACCGUGACCUCCAUCCCCAAAGCUGCACCGCAAACUGGAACCAAGCGGACGGAGGAGAUCCGCAAGAACACCUUCAAGACCCUGGACAGCCUGGAGGAGACGAUUAAGGAAUUGGAGAGCACGAUAACCGACAUGGGGCCCAGGUCUCCCACUGGGACGGCCCCACCUGAGGGGCCCUCGUCCCCGCGAGGAGGCUCCAAGGUCAAGAGGUCGGUGUCGGACUGCUCACAGGCUGAGGGCAGCCCGUCUAAGCGGGCGGCGGCCAACGAGCCGCGAGCCUUGAAAUCGUCGUCUCUGCGGAGCAAGAAGGGCAAGCCCCACCUCCCCCCUCGGCCGACGGCCAACACCUCAGCGGUCACCACUGCUGUCGCACCUUCAUCCUCUUCCUCAGCAUCCUCCUCUUCUUCCUCCAGCACCAACGGCAACAGUAAACAGAACACCGGCGGUUCCUCCUCCACGAGUCGACCCUCGCUGCCUUCCCCCAAGACCCGGCAGCAGCCCGGCCCCGGCACGGACAAGGCCGGGAAAGCGCAAAAGCUCCAAGAUUCCCAGAGGCAGUUCAGACAGGCUAACGGGAGCUCUAUGAAAGCUGAUGGGGAUAGUAAACAUGCUUUCCUUGCUUUACCUGCUUCUAAGAUCCCAGCCUUUUGUCCUAGUACUGGAAAAGGUAGCUUAUCUUCUCCUAACUCAAACAUGUCUAAGCUUACUAAUCCACCAUCUGCCUCUUCCUCCUCCUCCUCUUCCUCCACCUCUCCCCUCAAGUCCUCCAUUCCGUGUCUAAAUCUUGGCCGGCAUAUUCGCACCUCAGCCCAUCCCCUCCCCCGACCACACCCCCCAAACGAUUCCCUCCAACUACAUGGAGGCAAAGGCCAGACCCUUGGCCUCCUGCAGCAGCAGCAGCAGCAGCAGCAGACUCAAAAUGGCCGACCCCACAACUCCCCAUCAAAUCACCCCGUCACCAUGCCCCCAUCGUCCACCAGUUUAAACCACUCCUCUUCUUCCUCUUCCUCCUACUCUUACUCCUCCUCUUCCUCCGUGUCCCCUACUUCCACCUCCUCCUCGUCCUCCCCCUCUUCCCCUUCCCUCCUCUCCCCUACGGCCGUGGCGCAGGGAGGCAGGGGAGGCCGGGCGUCCCACCUCCACAGCAUCGGCGCCGGGCGACCACAGGGUGGCAGCGGCGGUCCGCCUGCUGUCGCCCCGACAUCAUCCUCCAGGGACAUAGCAUGAUCUCCAUGUUCUUUUGAUUUUUGUAUGUUUAUAUGUGUGUGUAGUCAUUUUUUUAUCUUCUGUCUAUAUUUCUGUCAUUUUUAUCUCCUCCUCCUCCCUCCUCCUCCAUCAGUAUGUUCUCUAGUGUUGUUUUUUAUGUUCAUGUUUUCAAUCUAUGCCAGUUGAAUCUCUCUGAUGGGUGUAAACUGCCUGGGAGGCUGCUUGAUGUGAGGUGAGAGUGUAACUUGUGAAAAUUAAGUCAGUCUUUUGAGUCUUUACAAGUAUUGCUGAGUUUAUUCACUGUCUUCGCAAGGUUAUUUAACUCUUUGCUUAUAAUACUCCCAAGAGAGAGGGAAAUAUGUAAUCCAUUAGAUUUAGUGCUAGACGGUCGGUGCUUUGACAGAUGUUUCUUUUUUUAUUUAUGUAAAAGGUUAGCAGUUUUAAUGGAUGGUAUUGAGAAUAUAUUUUAUAAAAUAUGUGUGGGAAUGAAUAGAUCAUGUUAAAAUAGAAUCACUACAAAAAAUGUACAAAAUAUUUUUGAAUUCAAAAAAGACAAAAAUACUUAAGUAUAUAUUUUCACCUACGUUGGCUCUAGAUGUGGCCACAUCUGUAGGAAUACUUUGACACAUAUAAAGUUUGAAUUAAUUUUGAAAGGGAGUUGAAAAGGCAGCAUUUAUUUGUAGAAGGCAUUUUAAAAGGUUCCAAUGCACUGCCAAAUAAUAUCUCAGAUCAAUAUAAUUAGACCAAUAUGGAACCUGUACUCAGUAUGUCUGUACCAACAUACCAAAGCACUUGGGUGUUUGUUUUACAUUUCCAGACAGUACUGUGCACGAUAGCCAGUGUGUGAAUAGAGAACAAGAAAAGGCACUAUUGUAGGUUGUCUCUUUCAGCCGAGUCACAGAAUCACUGGUGUUUGGAGAUAACUACAGUAUGUGAUGCAGUGUUUUGAAGAAGAAAAAAAAGAAAGAAAGAUAUACAAGUAUUUUGGUUGAUUUUGGCCAAAGUUUACUUCAAUGCAUGCCUUUCAGAUGUCUGAGAUUAAAUGUGUUUGCACAGAAUAUUGUAAAUAGAUGGUUUCUUUCUCUUAUAAUUUUAUAAGCUUGUAUAACAUGUACAAAGGCUCUGUGGAAGAAUUUGUGUGCGUGAAGGUGUCUGACCUAAUAAAGGGCUGCCUGCUUGUAGAACUUUAA